AUGACGGAAAGGAUGGCGCUGACGACAAACUGCAGGACUAACCCCAAAGAGCAGGCGUCCGUCCAGAACAGCUUCCCAGAUGUGGUUGAAUUAAACGUCGGCGGGCAGGUUUAUUACACGCGUCACUCAACUUUGGUGAACAACCCGAAUUCAUUGCUCGGUAAGUUAUUCUCCUCCAAGAAAGAGGCGUCGAACGAUUUGGCGAGGGACCCGAAGGGACGUUAUUUCAUCGACAGGGACGGGUUCUUGUUCCGGUAUGUGUUGGACUUCCUCCGAGACAGACAGGUCGUCCUCCCGGACCACUUCCCGGAGAAAGGGCGGCUCAGGAAGGAGGCGGAGUACUUCCAGCUGCCCGACCUGGUGAAGCUGCUGAGCCCCGAGGACAUCAAGCAAAGCCCGGACGACUUCUUCCACAGCGACUACGAGGAUGGAUCCCUGGGCAGCGACCACCGGCAGUGCCCGCCGCCCUCCCUCGUCCCCGCGGACAGAAAGAGCGGCUUCAUCACGGUGGGGUACCGGGGGUCGUGCACCACGGCGCGAGAGAGCCAGGGCGACGCCAAGUUCAGGAGGGUCCCUCGGAUACUUAUAUGCGGACGCGUGGCCCUGGCCAAAGAAGUUUUUGGGGAGACCCUGAACGAGAGCCGGGACCCGGACCGGACCCCGGAUCGCUACACCUCCCGGUUUUACCUAAAGUUCAAACACCUGGAGAGAUCCUUUGACAUGCUGUCGGAGUGCGGGUUCCAGAUGGUGGCCUGCAACUCCUCGGUCACAGCGUCGGUCGUCAACCAGCACACGGAGGACAAGGUCUGGUCCAGCUACACAGAAUACGUCUUUUACCGUGGCCAGUCUCGUUGGUCCUCCACUCCUUGUGACUGCUGCUGCAAGAACCACAAGGGUGACGGCGAGGGCGAGAGCGGCACCUCCUUUAACGAGCUGUCCACCUCAAGCUCCGAGAGCCAGUCAGAGGCCAGCUCUCCCCAGGGAACAGUCAUCUGUGGGCCGGUGAGCCGCCAGCCUCACCCCCACGCCAACGUCCAAACCCUCGACAGGCCACUAAAAAAGGGCCCCGUCGCCAUGCUCCAGCAGUCCGACCAUCGGCGCAAGAGUGACCUGCUGCGCACGCUAACGGCAAGCUCCCGCGACACCAGCACAUGCAAGAAAAGGCCGGCGAAAGAGAAGCUGACGGUCGAGGAGGAGCUGGAUAAGUGCAUUCAAGACUUCCGCAAGAUCAAGAUCCCCGAGAGGUUCCCCGAGAGGAAGUACAUGUGGCAGGCCGACCUGCUGAGAAAGUACCGCAUGUGA